UGCUAACUCACUUUUCUAUACUAGGUUGAUUCAGAGCUUGCUAUGGCUGAAGCUGAUAAAGUUGAAGAUGAUGAGGAUUUGAGAAAGAAGCUCUGGCUCAUGAUUGCCAAACAUGUUGUUGAACAAGAAAAAGGAACUAAGAGGGAAAACAUAAGGAAGGCAAUUGCAUUUCUUAAAGAAACUGAUGGCCUGCUAAAGAUUGAGGAUAUAUUACCAUUCUUUCCGGAUUUUGCCCUGAUUGAUGACUUCAAGGAGGCUAUUUGCUCAUCAUUGGAGGAUUACAAUAAGCAAAUUGAAGAGCUGAAGGAAGAGAUGAAUGAUGCAACCCGUGGUGCUGACAACAUCAGAAAUGAUAUCAGUGCACUUGCUCAAAGAUGCACUAUUAUUGAUCGAGAUGAGGAAUGUGGGGUAUUGCUCUUCCUGAUAUGUUUGACAAAACUGCACAUGCAGUUUUUAAAUUGUGUAGUUGUUUACUUUUGUAUUAGUGUACCAUAAAUAGGUUAAGAUCAAUCUGUUUUCGUUCUUCU